AUGCCAGUGUAUUUGUGACAAGGCAUUGCCCAGCCCGUUGCAAACAUGCCACUAUUUACAUAGCUCUUCAAAAUCUACUCUGACCCUAGAGCUGGAUCUGAUUCCUUUCUCUCCCUUCUCUCCCCUUUCACACACAAGCAGGCCUUGUAACAGGAUUGACAGGCUCAGUCUUGCUAUUCAUCUUCCGUCUCAUUGAUCGCAAGCUAGUCUUGAUUCAAGUUGUUGCAGGAUCUAUCGUGUCUACCUGAACGUCGCUCUUACUCAUUCGUUCUGACCUCCGUUGAAAUGUCAUUAAGUCCUCCCAAGUAUGAUGGCAUGAUGCGACCUGCUUUGCCCUUUUGGUCCAGCCCCAAGACCAGGAGGAAUGAGGUGGUAGUGGAACUAUCGCAUACUCAGCCUCCUCCCCUACUUCCCAUCGAGUUGCAAAAUUAUGUUUCUCUCCAUAUGUGGGAGACUCGUGUACGUGCUAUCACGCGCAUGGCUUCCCAGUUUUCCAAACCAGCGCUGGAAAGAUCUUGGAUGUCCGUAGCUGUGAUCUUGACAUUUAUCGCUCCGAUCGUGGCUUACUACGACUACCUUCAUCAAUUUGCUGAUGAACAAAUUGACGAGGAUCGUCAAAUUCAGAUCGUCUGGCAGGCUAGACUCGUAGCCUUCGUGGUCGUAGUUGGUCUUUGGAUCGUCAUGUUUCUGCCAAUUACCAUAUGGAAAUACAUGGGACGUGUGCGAGUAAACAAUAUGAUUGACCGCUGGGCCAAGGACGAUCUCCGAUCUGCCUCGUCCUAUGCGGCUAUUCCCACCUGGAAAGUCGUCAUGCCCGGCAUAUUUAAGGAAGGGAUUGUCCUGGCGGUCUCCUUCCCCGCACCACCUAGCAACUUUGAACUUGAGAAUUUACCUCCGUAUGUCGCGCCUCCCGCUGAUCAGGCUGCGCCGUCCUACGAGGCUUCCAAACGGUUCUCAGGUCUCCAGGGGUAUGGUAAAUUUGGCGAGAUUCCGCUUUACAGUGAUGCAAAGGAGAUAGUAGUGUAGAUGGCCGUACCAGAUACCGUAGAUAGACCUAUGUAAACAAUAGAAUGCAGGUCAUUCUC